AUGAUAUCACCAUCAGCUCAGGGCCAACAAACGCCCAACUUGGCUGGUUCGAUCAAUGGCAACAACAAUAAUAAUAAUAAUAACAAUCCUUCGGUGAUGACUUAUAAUCCAACUUAUAAUAAGUGUCUGCCAAAGAUCCUCUCUGACUUGGACUGCGAGAUGCGUGUCAAACAGGUGCUCAAGUGCAUCGAGAUGAUGCUGACCGAAUCCGAUGGCGAGCUGCUGACCUCGUCAGGCGCCGGACUGCCCACACUCACCAACCAUUCACCUGGCAUCAUAGCUGGUGCCAACUCUACACAGCCCGCCUUCAGCUCGUUCAAGCUUCAGGUGUCUCCACCCGUCAAUGGCCAACAGGCGGCAAUUCAAUCUCCCAACAAGAAGGUGCGUCGUACCGAGUCCCUGGACGAGGUGGAUACUGGUAUCCACCUGACGCCCAAUAUCACAUCGCUCUCAUUGCAGUCACCUCUGCGUAAUGGUAUGCCUGGCAACACUGUCUCGUCCAACAAUGCCAAGAGCAAGAUCAAGAUCAACAUUGCACGCUCGUCAUCAGUGGAGGAUUCAUUGCGUCUGCCCCACCCAGUCACUAGUCCACAGAUGAAGCACUCGGCAUCAAUGUAUUUACCGGAUGAUAAUGCAAGAUCGAUGAAGAAUGAUCAUGCUGGUGUAAAGAGGCACAUGACCGCCGCUACUGCGGCUGGUGGAAAGGACAUGAAUGUCACUCCAAACAACACAAUGCAUCCAUUUGAGAUGAUGGCCAAUGGAAUGCCAGAGCAUCAACAGAAUGUUUAUGGUAUGCCAAUGAACAUGGCGUUGUACCAACAGCACUAUGAUACCCUCCAUCUCCAAAUGCAACAGCAACAACAACAGCAGCAACAGCAGCAUCAUCAACUCCAGCAGCAGCAACAACAACAGCAGCAACAGCAACAUCAAGAUCAAAGGAGACACUCUUACAAUCCUUAUCAAGGAGGUGAUGGUACCCAACAACAGAAGGAUCAACAUCACCAACAACUUCAACAACAACAACAAAUGCCAAAGAGGCACAUGUCCCUCAACAGCUAUGAGGUACCACAACAUCACAUGCAGCUGGCACAACAACAACAGUACAUACAACUAUACCAGCAACAGCAACAACAGCAACAACAACAACAGCAACAGCAACAACAACAACUUCAUUCAAUGUCUCCAAAGACAACUACUCCCAAGUUGGAGCAAACCCCUCCUCAACCAUUUGUCGACCAUGCUGCUGCCAACCAUGUCCCCUCUCCAUCCCCUCAACAACACCAACAUCAGCAUCAUCAGUACGCUUGUAACGAUGAGGGUAGUGGCAGGAAGCAUAGCGCGGAUGGCGCCUUGGAAUCUGACUCCCAACAGGUGCCAUCCCCCAAGCAGCAGCCUUGUAAAGAUCCGCUGGAACAGGAGCUGGCCGCUGCUAACCACGAUCAACUGGCUGUCAACCACUCGCCAUCCAAUCUAACCUCUGCCCAGCAUCAACAAUCUGCUGCCAAUCAUCAGACUCAACAACAGCAUGGCAAUGGACAGUCCCAACCUGGCCAGCACCAGUUCCUGACACCUCUGCUGUCAGGUGGAUACGCGCCACCUGUAAACAACGGAGGUGCCGAGGAGUACAACUGGAUCCUGUCAUUCCUGGACAUUGACAACAGCCAGCAAGAGUCGCAGCAGCUGCCACAAUGA